AUGACAGUCAGCCAUAAUGCUGUGAACAUGGCCAACGUAAAAACAUCCAGGGGACUUGCUGCAACAGGUGUUGGGACUGUCGAUUGCGCAAGGCAUGAUAUGAAGCUUCCUAAUGGAGUGGGUGAUCUGCAAAAGGGCGAAAAGUGCUUAGGGUUAGACAUGGACUAUCUAGUUUUUUUGGUAAUUCUUAGCUUUUUGGUCUUCAUUUUCAACCUGUCAUAUGAUAUGGCAUGCCAAUGGCAUAAGAAAUUAUGGACUUGUAUGGACUCAUUGUCACCUUGCCUGCACCUUGCCUGCAAAAACAAGAUUAUCAGAUUUUUCAUCCCAAAAUUCCAUCUCAAUGCUCAUAUUCAACCAUGUCAAACAAUGUUUUCAUUUAACUGUAGCAAGAACGUCAGAUGCACAGAUGGGAAAGCACCCAAGAGAGGAUGGGCAAACAUUAACUGUGUGGCAUCAAGUACCAAAGGGUUAGAGGGACCAGGAGCACAUCACGACAUCUUGGAUGACCAUUUUGGAGACUGGAACUGGAAAAAAAUUACAAUGCUUGGUGGGGAUCUUGCAUUGCUAAUAUUAGCUUGA